AUGUUCAGCGACAGAUAUUUGCUGUACACCAAUGUAGGACUUUCUUUGAGCUUGUCCGGCGUAGGAGACCUUUUAGAACAGCAAUACGAAAUUAUAACGGAGGAAAUACCGAAAUGGGACAGACGGAGGACUAGGGAUAUGGCCCUAUCAGGCACCACAGUAGGAUUCGUAUGCCAUUUUUGGUACAAAUAUUUAGAUGUAUUUCUGCCUGGAUAUACAAUUAGAAUAGUAAUGAAGAAAAUUGUUGUAGACCAAUUGAUAGGGUCUCCUUUAGCUAUAUCCACCUUUUUUGGGUCUAUAGCCUUAUUGGAACAAUCCUCACUAGAAGAAUUUGUUGAAGAAGUCAAAACUAAGGCCUGGCGAUUGUACGCUGCUGAAUGGAUGAUUUGGCCUCCUUGUCAGUUUUUAAACUUUUACGUACUGUCAACCAAAUAUAGGGUACUUUUUGAUAAUUUUGUGUCUUUAGGGUACGAUGUGUAUACUUCUAGGGUAAAACAUCACGAUUAUUCGGUGAUAGAUGAGGAAUAA